AUGUGUUACCUACAAGUUGACGAGCAACAAGCUGGAUCAUCGUCGUCGCUGAUCAAGGUAUACUGCGAUAUGACAUCCGAUUCAAUCCCAGAAGGACUGGUUGGAAGUUACAAACUACUAGGGUUCAUUGGCGCUCCUUUGGAAGACUGUAUUAGCGACGGCAACAAAACUGUGCCAACUGCCACCGCAGGGCAAUUGAACUACGCGCUGAUCAGCUCCUGGAUCGAAGACUGCCAAUCUCACGAGGUGUGUAGCAUGGGACGAAGCUCGAAUUCCGCAGUUGCUACGGAUCUUUGGCUGGUCGACGUACAAGAUAUGUGCCUAGUCCAGCGGUACUGGGAUUGUAGCUACGUUGCUCUUAGCUAUGUCUGGGGGGGCCUCACAGCAUUUCGGAGCCAGAAGGCCAAUUUUCCCAGCCUGCAAAUCCCUGGCUUUCUGAAAGGCGUCAUGGGGGAAAUACCACGGGUUAUCCAGGACGCCAUUGGAUUUACCGCCAGCAUCAAGCAAAGAUAUCUUUGGGUAGACUCCUUGUGCAUUGUGCAAGACGAUGACGCUUUCAAAGAAAAGUACAUCCCACAAAUGCACCUGAUAUAUCAAUCAGCCCUGGCAACCAUCAUAGCUGCAUCAGGAAAGGAUGCGAACGAUGGUCUGCCGGGCGUCUCUUACCCCCGUAAGGAACCCAACACCCCAAUCAAGUUUGGCGCUCGAUCGCUGGAAGCCAAGUCUCCCGCUCUCUUGCCGCUCCUGUGGAAAUCGAAGUGGAAGUCGAGAGCUUGGACUUUCCAGGAAGGUGUGUUUUCCAGAAAUCGCAUAUACCUCACGGACUACCAAGCAUACUGGGUUUGCUCCCAUCAUGUGGCUUCAGAAAGCAGCACUCAGUAUCAUUACCACGGAAUGGCACUUUGGGACAAUGUCUCAACUGGUCUGUUUUCCCGCUCCGUCCUCAUGUCCCGACAAAAGUUUUAUGAGAGUCUUGUCAACGAAUAUUCAGACAGAAGACUCUCUUAUCAUUCCGAUUCGCUGAAUGCCUUUGCCGGAUUGCUUUCAAAGAUGGGGGAGGUGUUUGGCUGGUCAUUUGUCAGUGCUAUCCCAGAGAGCAACUUCGAGUCCUUCCUUUUCUGGGGGCCGCGUCUCGGCAAUACGCUUCGACCAAGACAUAAAGCGAAGCAAGAUUCGGAUGCACAGCUCUGCCGCUCGCCUACCUGGUGCUGGACGGCAUGGGAGGGGCAUGUGUACUGGGAUCCCUCGAGAAAAGAAAAAUUCAUGGGGAAAGCAGUGACUACAAAGUCUGAGGUUGAAGGGUACUGGAUCAGCAAGACAAUCGGAUUUAGGAAGAUUGGCGAGGCAGGAAGCCCCAACCAUGGUGGCCAAAUUCUUGCUUCAUCACCGCCCGAGAAGCAGCCAAGUAUGCCGGACUCUCAUCACCUGGAGAUUGAUAUCCCACCAAACACUCUUAUGUUCAAGGCAAAGAUCAUCAACGCUACAGCCUUUGAGAUAAAGUCCCCAGACUUCGACCCAGCUUGCAGUCGUUACUUUCGAGGGAAUUUGACCUGCGCAGGUUGGUUGUAUGACAGCAAUGGCCGACAUUGCGGAACCCUUCGUGGAAUCAAUUUCUCUGAACAUCAUGACCAGGAGAAAUGGGAAAUGAUUUUGCUGUCGCGCAGCGAUCAAGACGAGGUCUUACAAGCUGACAUCGACGCCACGCCAAGCACUAACUUGCCUCUGGAGUAUCCCUCCGCCAAAGAGUACUACGAAGAAAUAUUCGAUACGACGGCGUACAAAUACCGAAGGUGGUGGGCCCUAAACAUCAUGUUGGUCGAAAGGAAGGGUAUGUGGGUGGAACGGGUUGCUGUUGGGCAAAUUCAUGCUGACGCGUGGGAUUCCGCUCUUGGGCAGUCAUCUCCGGAAACAAUUUUCUUAGCUUGA